AUGCCUCCGAAAACCUCUCGUGCUAAGGCGGUGGUCAAUGCUCCUGCUGGUGAUGGUGAUUCUGCAAGCAAGUCGACACCAAGCAAGGGGAAGGAAGUCAUUGACAACCUGUCGUCAGAAGCAGAAGUGACGGCAGGAAGCUCUGGUCUCACCAUUGAGGAAAAACUGCAAGUGCUGGCAUCGGUUGCUUCGGAUGACACAUUCAUUGAAGAUGACUCGGACGAAGAGCUUGACAUUGACACGACCAACAACGCUCACCCGCAUUUGCGCUUCACGGCUAUACUGCUCUUCCCGGUUAUCCCCUCUCGCGAGGUUGCUUCAGUGAUUCUGGCCGUGAGGAUGCUGAUGAAGCGUGUCUGGACUAACCUGCUCACUGAUGAUGUCCUCGCUUCGGUGAAGUUCCAAGAGCUGUCCCCCACGUGGGUCGCGAAGUCCCGCUACAGCCGGCUUCAGGUCUCCUUCCUGCACGAAUCUGACGCGGUGAAAAUCAAGCAAACGGCGGUGGAACACAAGCGUCAGAACGGAUUGACUCUUCACUGCUUCUGGCUGCACCAGGAGGAUGCUGCUUACCUUUGCAAGAAGGCUUCGGGGCCGCAGCUGCUGGAGGUUAAUUUCAAGGAUGUUCCAGCGGAUAUCCCGCCGGAGUUGGUCAAGGAGGUCAUGGUGGAUCACCCGCUCAGGAUGAGGAAGCAGUCUGCAUUUGCUGAAGGUCACUGCUUCCACCGCGUCCUUCACCCUGUCACCGGCGCUGACACUGAUCGGAUCAAGGGGCUGUCCUUCAUGGCUGCUGCGGAUCACAUCACGUCGGCAAGCCAUCUGCUGGGUCUGGAGAAGCUGGGUGCGGCCACUCGCCGUUCCCUGGAGAAGCUUGGUCUGCACGUCAUCCGGAAAGAGUACCAGAUCUGA